AUGGAUGACUCACAACAAAGUCAAACUAGAGCUGUCGACUCCCUCCCUCCUGAGGCUAUCGCCCUUGCGGGCCGGAUGUACGACGCAGCUCGAUCCGGGGACGUGGCCAUAUUCCAGCAAGCGCUUCCCGCCGGUCUCCCUCCGAACAUGACCAAUGAGAAGGGAGAUAGUCUGCUCAUGCUUGCUGCUUACCACGGCCACGCCGACCUCGUCAAGCUUCUGAUGGAGCACGGCGCAGAUCCAAAUCGGCUGAAUGACAAAGGCCAGAGCCCGAUUGCAGGCGCCGUGUUUAAGCAGGAAGACGCGGUUAUAGAAGCACUGCUCGGAGGCGGGGCGGAUCCUGAUUAUGGUGUUCCAUCUGCUCUUCAGUGCGUCGUCAUGUUCAAGCAGGAAGAUCGAUGGAAGGUAAAGUUUGAGAACGCCCCAGGCCGUGGUAAGGCCGGGCCAGGCUGA